AUGAUUAUUUUAUAUGAAAGGCAUCCUGAUAAAAAUGAAGAUCCUCAUGCUCAAAAUAAAUUUAUCGAAAUCAAGAAUGCCUAUGAAAUUCUAUCUGACAAAGAAAAACGCGCUGAAUUCGAUCGAUUUGGUUAUGUACGAGAUGAUGGGUCAGCCCGACAUGAAAGAGGACAACGAAAUCCAUUUCAUCAAUUUGCGAUGAAUGAUGACAUCUUUUCAUUUAUGUUCCAAGAUGGCUUUGAUAACACUGAAGAAGAUCAUAUCAUUGAUACAGUUAAUAUGUAUCAAUUUAAGACUGAAAUAUUACCCAACAGCAAUUUCAAGCCUUACGUUUUAGAAAUUUUCUCAAAUUUUUGCCUCAAAUGUUUAAUGAUACAAUCAACAUGGGUUAAUAUAGCUAAAGAAUUAGAAUCUAUCGGUUUGGGAACUGGACAAGUUAAUUCCGAUCGUGAUUAUGCUUUAAUACAGUACUUGGGUGUUACGGGACUACCCAGCGUUUAUGUAGUUAUGGAAGAAGAAAUAUUCAAAUAUACAGGUGAAUUAUCGAAAAAAAUGUUGCGCAAUUUUAUCCACGAUUUGUUGCCGACUCACUUAAUUGAAAAGGUCACAGACGAGACAAAUUCAACUUUUUUCGAACAAAUUAAUAGACCAAAAUUACUUUUAUUUUCAUCACGACCUAACCCCUCACUAAAACUUUCAUUACUUGCGAUGGAAUUUCAAAAUUACGUCAAAUUUGGCAUGGCAUCCCUCGGUAGCGAGAAUAAUAAAUUAAGAGAACAAUUUAACGCCCAUCCUUCAGAUCCAACCGCAUUUCUGUUUAAAAGAAAAUCAACUUAUACCAUUCAAAAUUUUACUGUCGAUAAAGAGACCAUGAAGCGUGUUGAAGAAAUUAUGACAGACGAUAACGUUAAUAUUGAUAAUGUUCGUAUGGCUUACGCUUCAGUAAAACUGCAAGGUGCCUUUUUUAAUUCAUUUGAUAUGAAAAAAUUAUCGAAAUCAACGGAUGAAUGUACAAGUGUUUACCAUGACAAGGUUUUAUUUUUAAAGAGAUUGGAAGACGAUGAGGCAAUAUAUGAUUGGUACGAAGAUGGCUGGUGUGUUAGCUCAUCUAGCACCCGGGACUUGAUUAUGAAAGCCAGAGCAUAUGCAACUUCUAAAAAUAAGAUGACAUCCAAGACUAUACUCUCGAAAUUAGUUGAUGAAAAUGCUCCGGGUAUAUUUGGUCGAAUGCAGAAUUCUAUCAAGUUCGCAACAAAAACACUCAAGCGUCUUCCUAACUAUAUUUUCAGCAAUCAUGACAUAAAGCGAAAGAAAAAGAGAGAGAAAGCAAAGCUACAUUCUGAAACUGCUUCAUUUAGAAUACCGCAGUUAUCCUAUAGAAACGAAGAUGAUUUAAUCCAUGACGCACGCCAUGGCCAUCUUACUAUGUUAAUUUUACUGCAAGAGACUAACAAUGAAGAUGCUAGGAAUUCUCCUUUAUUUAAAACGUUUGCAUCAGUUAUGAAUAUUCACAGACGAGAAUUUUUAUCCUUGGGAUGCUGCUGGCUGUCGUUGACAGCGCAUAAAAAUUGGUGCUGGAAAUUAUUAGCAGAAAUAACACCCAUUGAUGAAUCAUUAACUGGCUGUGUUCUUGCUAUUAAUGGCUAUCGACAAUAUUUUAUGUUUUUAAAAUUAUCCGGGAUUAACUCAUUAAAACAAAAUGAUAAUGAUGCUAAUGAUUGUGGUGAAUUUCUUGGCCUGGAAGACGUAGAUAAUGUGAAAGUUAGGGCUAAACAACUUCGACAUAAACUUCCUGAUUGGAUUGGAAGACUACGAGAUGGUUCACUUACACGAUAUUCAGUAGAAAUUUGGCCUAAAAUAUCGAUUUUAGAUGAGUUAUGA